CUCUCAUCUCCCAGGAGCCACCUGUGUUCUGGCCCCCAAGUUCUCUGCUUCCUGCUUCUGGGAUGACUGUCGGCAGCACGGCGUGACCGUGAUCCUGUAUGUGGGCGAGCUCCUGCGGUACUUGUGUAACAUGCCCCAGCAACCAGAGGACCGGACACAUACAGUCCGCAUGGCGAUGGGCAAUGGACUCCGGGCUGAUGUGUGGGAGGCCUUCCAGCAGCGCUUCGGUCCCAUUCGGAUCUGGGAAAUCUACGGCUCCACAGAAGGCAACAUGGGCUUAGUCAACUAUGUGGGGCGCCGCGGGGCCCUGGGCAAGAUGAACUGCCUCCUUCGAAUGCUGUCCCCCUUUGAGCUGGUGCAGUUCGACAUGGAGGCGGAGGAGCCUGUGAGGGAUAAUCAGGGCUUCUGCAUCCCUGUAGGGCUAGGGGAGCCGGGGCUGCUGCUGACCAAGGUGGUAAGCCACCAACCCUUCGUGGGCUACCGCGGCCCCCGAGAGCUGUCGGAACGGAAGCUGGUGCGCAACGUGCGGCAAUCGGGCGACGUUUACUACAACACCGGCGACGUACUGGCCAUGGACCGCGAAGGCUUCCUCUACUUCCGCGACCGCCUCGGGGACACCUUCCGAUGGAAGGGCGAGAACGUGUCCACGCACGAGGUGGAGGGCGUGUUGUCGCAGGUGGACUUCCUGCAGCAGGUUAACGUGUAUGGCGUGUGUGUGCCAGGGUGUGAGGGUAAAGUGGGCAUGGCCGCCGUGCAGCUAGCCCCCGGCCAGACUUUCGACGGGCAGAAGUUGUACCGGCACGUUCGCGCUUGGCUCCCUGCCUACGCUACCCCCCAUUUCAUCCGCAUCCAGGACGCCGUGGAGGUCACGAGCACGUUCAAACUGAUGAAGACCCGGCUGGUGCGCGAAGGCUUCAACGUGGGGAUCGUGGUUGACCCUCUGUUUGUACUCGACAACCAGGCCCAGUCCUUCCGGCCCCUGACGGCAGAAACGUACCAGGCUGUGUGUGAGGGAACCUGGAGGCUCUGACUAUCUGGCCAACCCACUGGGGCAGGGAUCAAAGCCAGACACCCCCACCCCAACACAUUAUUUCAACCUGGGCCUGCGUGAAUCCCAGUCUGGCCAUACCCUCAACCUCAGUGGGCUGGAAAUGACAGUGGGCCUUGUAGCAGUGGCAGAAUAAACUCAGAUGUGUUCACAGAAGU